UGACGGAUUACAAUUAUUACAAUCACUCGACCAUUGAGAAGCCCCUCAAUUCGAACCACGUCAGUUUGACAACAGUUGUCAUUUUCAUUUUUGUUUACCUCUGAUGUUUUUGGAUACGAUCAGAGUCAAUACGGGCAAUCUGAAACCGCACCGAGGCAGAUAGUUUUUUCCAGAAUAAGAUAGUAGUUUCCGUUCUUUACCGGGAUCUCGGCGGCAUCUUCAAUGCUCCUUAUCGGUGAACGCCACGUAAAAUGUGCAAUUACCUUGGUUGUUUGUUUAGUUUCAUUUAGUCAUCUUUCUCUUGCACGCGCACAGAACGAAUGGGUUUUGUUUUCAUCGGAAAACGCUUCGGAAGCGUUAAUUAAACGAUGUCGUCUACUGAUCAGCCAGCAGCGGAUAAAGAAAGGAAGUGACUCAUCCUCUUCCGGUCAGCAGUACGGGUCCGACUUGGACACUUGGACGUAACGAAUGUACCCGCAAAACCUAUUGACGAUUCCGGCGCACCAUCAUUUUGAAAGGCAAAUUUCCGAACCGAUCAUUCCAACAUCGCCGGCCGUAUCGUCUCCACUGGAAGCGCAUCAGCACUUACGGAUCGUUCACACGGUGGACAUCAUCUCACCAUAUCUUGCAAGAACAUGUGAAACAACACAAUCAACGACGAGUUCAAUUCGCAUAAAAGGCGACGAAUUGUCGCGGUCUGCUUCAUCUCCUUUGAUGAGCAGCCGAUCGAAGGAAAUACCCGGCCUGGACAGCCAACGGUCUAGCCACUGUCCGGUGGUACGGGAGGGUCCCGCGCUGGGUUACAAUUUCUGCUGGAACACAAGGAGGAUACUGCGACAAAAACCCAAGUACCACUGCCCCGAGUGCCAGACGAACUUGUGCAUUGCGCCCUGCUUCCAGGAGUAUCACGAACGCCAAUCGGCGGAGAACCCUGCCCCCACCAGCAACGACAGCGGAAGCGGCUGUGUGUAUGGUGUAGGUGGAUUGUACGCAAAAAUGGAUCUCCGAUUUUUUGAGAACCUUGUGUGAAUUGUGUCAUUCUCUUUGUUGUUUUUGAUGGGUAAGAAUAGAACACACAUUCAGACUAUUGCUAGGAAGAAACAUGUUUUGUAACGCUGCCUCCGGCUUGGAUCGCUCCCCCGAUCACGUUCGUUUACUCAGAUUUACCUGGACCGUUUUACUGAAUUCGGAUUUUCUUUGAAAUAAUCAACCAAGAGACAAAAGAAAAAUAUACAAUUAUUACCGUAUACAAUCAUUAACGAAGAUGUUUUACAAAUCAAAUUCGGUAGAAAAACACACAAAUAUGAUAGAAGGCGACGAUGAUCGUAAUCCCUUUUGUCGGCGGAGUGACCGCUUGGAGGUUCAGGUCAUAUUUGUGCAAGUUUUCCCGUACAAUAUAAAAUAUUUGGACGAGAAUUGCUUCCAAUCCGAAAAUUACCUAGACCGGCACCGGGAGUCGAACCCAGCCACCCUCAGCAUGGUCUUGCUUUGUAGCCGCGUGUUACCGCACGGCUAAGGAGGGCCCUUAAUUAUUACGAAUACAUA